GCAGAAGUCUAGUUUUCUCCCAGAACACUUGAAUUACAAUAUGCUGAAAGGUUAUUAUGGAAUUUAUGGCCAAUGAUGCCAAAAAUAUUCUGCCUACUGCAGGUUUAAGUGGCAGUUUCAGGUUUCAAGUACAUGUAUGACGCUACAUUAAUUCACUACAUUACCCACAAGGCUGUGCGUCAAAAAGCCGCUCUAAGCUGACGACGUGGCCGAGGCAGCGUUACGUCUCCACCUUCAGCGGACCGGGGCGAUUCAAACAAGGCGAACCGGCUUUUGUUCGUAGCUCGUUCAGAGAGUCGUUGACUUCAACAAGUCUCUACAGGAGUUUUGAUAUCACCACCGUCUCUACAAUGUCUGGGAAAGUGAAGAGCCGAAGUGCCGCUAACGCAGACUCUCUGUCCGGCGGAGUGUCCUGUGAUGAGCGCAUCCUGCGGGACUGCCACCAGCUGUACAUGGAGCCGGACAGCGGGUUGAUCUCAGUAGCCGAGUCGCUCGGUGUGAAGUUGCUGGCACCCAGAAAAAAGAUCACUGUGAUGCUGAUGGGCAACCACUCUGCUGGGAAAAGCUCCUUCAUCAACUGGUAUGUUGAAGAGCACAUCCAGCGCACGGGAGUGGCGAUAGAGACCCAAGGCUUCAGCUUUGUUACAAGUGGGCGCAAGAGAGAAUCUCUCACAGGAAACGCCACCCUUCAUCUAUAUCCACACUUCAAGCCUCUGCAAGAGUUCAAAGGCGUUUCGGAGUACUUGAGCACAGAGAUCUGCACGUCCCGACAGAAACGGUUCAGCCUGGUGACAUUCGUGGAUUCGCCAGGAUUGGUGGAUGGCGAUAUGAAAUAUCCCUUUGACGUGGACGAGGUUCUCAUGUGGCUGGGUGAUCUCUGUGACCUGAUUCUGGUCUUCUUUGACCCCAUGGGUCAGGCUCUGUGCAAGCGCACCCUCAACAUCGUGGAGAACCUGAAUGAGAAACACGGGGACCGACUGCAUUUUUACCUGAGCAAGGCUGACGAGGCCGGGGGAGAGUCGGACAGACAGAGAGUGAUGAUGCAGAUCGUCCAGGAGCUCUGCAAGCGACCGGGACUCAACAAAUGUGGUUUUGACAUGCCCACCAUCUACGUUCCUAAUCCAAAUAAGCCGAGUCGCUGUGUCAACCAGAUUGAGGAGGUGUGUCGCACCGUAGAAAAAACCAUCAACCAAACCGUCCAAAAUACACUCAACUCCCUGGAGAAGGACUGCGAGGUCAUCAGCGAGGCCAUCGCUGAUACGCUCAUUAACGACAGGCAGAUCAGCGUUACGAACCGCCGGGCGCGCUUUAAGAGCUGCUGCAUGACUCUGCUGGGCUUCACCAUCCCUAUGGCUCUGAUGGUCUUAAUGGUGCUGGGCGUUAUGUCCCAGCCGCUGCUGGAGGCGGCUCUGGGCCGCGAGGGCACAGAGACGCUCUCACUCUACCUGACUCCCGUAGUGAAAGUAUUUGAGUCGCUCUCUGUGGAGGAGCAGCUUUACAGCUGUGGAGGAAUGGUCGUCCUCUCCUUCCUCCUGCUCCUCAUCGCACGCUUCUCCUUCAGGACUCAACCAACUCUUUCAGGCAAACAGAAGAGGCAGCUGCAGGAGAAGCUGGAGUACGUUCAGGAGGUGGUCAAGUCCAAAAAGAAAAAGCUGUAUGAAGAAUACCUUCGCCAGAGCGUCAGUGAUCACGACAUGAACUUGUAGAGAAGGACAGAGAUGUACACAACGACUUGGCGUCCCCACACACUGACGCUGGACCAAAUAAAAUGAAAGCUUGGCCGAGGUUUCAUUCUGACCACUCGAUGCCGGAUCCCGUUGAAGUGUGCGGAUGUAAAUUAUAAGCACACGGUGCACUCGUAGAAACCCAUCCAAGACGUGGUGCUUUGGAUACUGUAACGCCUGUUUACUUAUUUGAUGAUGUUACCUCUGUAAACACUUUAAAACCACACUACCUGCAGAUAACUAGGGUUUGUUACUGAUCACUUAUUUGUUGUGAGCAUUUCUAUAAUGUCCAUGCUUUUUGUGCCUCCGCUCCAGUCAAAGGAAUUCAGGCUUAUUAUACCACUUUAAGAUAUUUAAACAAACUAUUUAUAAUAUUCCUUUAUGAAAGAAAUAGUAUUUUGGUUAAACGGCGCGUAGCACUUGUUUACAUGAGUCUCUUUGUACGAGUUAGUGUUUCUGAAGACUUUCACCAGCUUUUUAUACAGUACUCUAGCUGCUUGGUAUCAUGAAGUUACAGUUUUGGCAUUAAUCCACUUCACAUCAUGAAUGUCUAUGUUGGGCUAAUAUGUAGAAUAUUCAAUUAUCCGCACAACUGAAGUUAAUAUCCAGCGAUCAAACAUUUUACCAGAGAUGAAAUCAACUUUUUUCUAUUUUCUUGUUCUACAUUGUGACCAUGUUUUAAUUACUAAUGACUUCAAUAAAAAAACAGUGUUCAAUAAA